AAACACGCAAGCCAGAAGCAGAAGAUGUGUUUAUGGAUGAAGACGAUGAUGAUAUGCCUUCAGGUACUACAGCAAAAGAUGACACAAGCAGAUUGGGAGUGAUCAAAGAGGAAGCUGUCAUUGAAGACCCAAAAAAGGAUGUAGAGGAGCAAGAAGUCACACCGGAUGAGGUUGUGCAUGAAGCUGCAGUUGGCAAGGGUUUGGGUGGAGCUUUGAAGUUUCUAAAGGAGCGAGGGACCCUCAAUGAGGGCACAAAUUGGGGAGGCAGAACCACGGACAAGAAGAAAAGCAAGCUUGUUGGUAUUGAGGAAGAGGCUCAGGACGGGAAAAAAGAGAUCCGCAUAGAAAGAAUGGAUGAAUUCGGUCGAGUGAUGACACCUAAGGAGGCAUUUAGGGAUCUUUCGCACAAAUUCCAUGGCAAGGGACCAGGUAAAAUGAAGCUGGAA